AUUUAUAGAUGACGGCACUGUUCUGGUGUGGCUAUAUACAAAACAAAUGUAGCUUGUUUAUACAACCAAUUGAACAGGUGUUUUGUUUUUUAAAUUGCAAUUUUAAUAUAAGUAACUUUUUCUGGUUUGCGCAAGUUUUCAAAAGGCGUUCCUACACGCUAAAAGAACUUCCAUUUUUUAAGGAUUCACAGAAUAUUUUCUCCCCAAUUGGAAUUUAAAAUGUAAAAUUUCUGUGUAACCAAUUUUGAUGUGCAAAAAAGUUCUUUAUUGUGACUCGUUUUUUUUUUUACGGGAGUGCGGCGCGACUUAACUCUUCUGUCUAAAACAGUUUGGAAAAGUACCGCUAAAUGUUGGUAUACACGCUUUAGAAAACCAAAGGACUUCUGGUUGUAAUAGUGUUUACUUUCAUAUUGUCUCUGGGGCAUUCUGUUUGCCUCUUGAAAGACUUACUGCCGAGCAGCAGCCCCAGACCUCGGGUAGAGAUUUAUGAACCUCUCCCUCAAUCCCAGUGUCUGCGCUUGUUGGACUUGCUCCACACGCUAUUCUUGGAUAGCGCUUGGCUAUCUGUUUUCGGGUUCAGACAGUUCAUUGAGUAGGGGUCAAUGUUUUUCACAUAAGGUUCUUGCAUCGUAAAUCUAUUAUUUCAGUUGUUUGAAUAGCUGUCGCGUUCUCAAGAGAGAUAAUUUUAAAAGCUGUUCAUGGUCAAGUUUACGGAAAACCGCUCAUGAUCAAUUUUAUAUUUUAAAAUGUUAAUGGCUUAAGCCGGUCCCAAAACUCUUGUGACUGCAUGCUGUGUUAGUAUAUAAUUGCUAGAGUAGGAAAAUAACUGAUAGUGCCCAUUGUUUGUGGUGGUUUAAACUUGGCAUGGAAUUGUGUGUUGGAAAUGAACUUGAAAUCGUAAAGUGUACUUUAAGAUCCAUUAAAAACAUUAACUCUUCUGCCAUAACUAAAUGAUUGGGAAAGUUUAGUUGCAUUUAAUUGCUUGUGACUUACAAUGAACCUUGUCGUAUCUCGGGGAGAAAAGAAAACUUAUGAGCGAUUUCUUUUCAUCUUUGUAAAAAAAUAUAUAAUAAGGCAAGGAAGCUCGUGUUUUAAAGAGAGCUAACUAACGAAAUCGCGUUUGCCGGAGACCGUAGCGUUCUGCUCCUCCCCACUUACAAAAAGGGAGCCUUCUGAAUGCAACAGAACCGUAACUUGUUUUAUUUUGUGAUGUGUGCGCGUACAUAGAUAUGUUGGUGACAUCUUGUGGUAAUUGCUGAUAUGACUUGCAAGUGUGGUCCCUUAAGCUAAAUUGAAAUCCCUUUGAAGUACGGCAGCGGCUUGGGCUGUUUGGACUCUGGUCCGAUAGAUGGUGGGCUCCUGUCCCGAGUGGUUGUUGGUGCCUGUUACCUUGAGCAGAGUACCCCACUCAGCAGUGCCCUGCGUACUCAUUGGGUCUUAAUUGUAAAGGAGAAUUUGGUCUUAAGUGACUUACAGUUGAGUAAAUGAUUAAUAAAAGUGUAUUUCAGACCUACACUGUGUUUAUCUAUCUUGUAAUGUAUUGUGUCGUGCUUUUAUGAAGUGAAGCUUACAGUUGGAGAAAUUCCGAUGAGAAAAUAACCCCAGACCUUUUUUUACUGUAUCUUUCUCCUUCAACUCAAAACCCAUAGAGGUAUCCAGUGAGCAUGUCCAGUUUAACUUACUGUAUAACUUUAAAAUUUUUAUUAAAGAGAGUGGGCAGCAGUGCCACCUUGUGGCACACUCCGAUUUCAUGGAGACCCAGAGCAGUAUACUCUGAAACAGAACUAUAAAACGAGUAACGUUUUCAACCCAGUGAAAUAUUUUCUUAGACUAUCAUUAACGUCCAGGAUUCUUCAGUUACUGCCCAAUACACGUGACAUUGUGGAUAGUGAACUUCAAGUAAAAAAAAUAGAUCAGAGAAAUUCAUAGCUUUACUUACGUAUACUUGUGGGCAGAUAUAGGUGUUUAAAUGUCACAAGUUGAUUUUUUUUUCCUUUUACACUGUGGGACAGAAUACCUAGUAAUAUAGGUUUGGACGGAGACAGUAUUUAGCACUGAGCUAACGCAGAAUGUACAACAUGCAAAUAAUGUUCGUAGCGGGUGAGCGCAAAGUAGUAUUUGGGGCGGGUGUUUUAAUUUCGCCUCUAAAUCAUGGAUUUUGCUCAUGGGUAGACUGCUGUUUUUCCCCCCUGUAAACAUCCACACAUUAAAUGGUUUAAAAUAAGAUGCAUGGUUUUUAUUAAGCUUGAAGUUUGUAUGUGAACUUGCUUUCACAGCAGUGAACAAGUGAAAUUUUGACCCUUCAAACAUCUGCAUAUCAAAGCGGUGCACAGCUUCACAUACACCGUUUAAGGAAACACCCGCUGGAGAAGUGUUUACUGACUGCCAGCGGAGGAAAUACAUAACCGUUCUUCCUUAACAACUUUGUCAUCGGUUUUAUCAAUACCACAAAUUAUGGUAUUCCCGGAAAACACCUUUAAGAAAAGGAUUGCUGUCUUUAGGUUCUAGAUUUUUUCAAAACGUAAGGUCCGAUAAAUUCGAAAGGAGCUGGUCUCUUGUAUAAGUGCUACUGAGUUAACAGUAGUCCGUGUGAGAUCAAUUUUGCAACCAUGCAGGGAGUAUUUAAUCACGACAUCUAGUUCACAGUAAAUAUUUAAUAUGCGUUACCUUUCCAGAACUUCCAAUAGAACUGAAAUACCUCAGUCUGCUUCGGAAAACAGUAAUUUGCACAAUUACCUUUGCAAAUUAGGAAGAGCAACCAUCGAAUACUUGUAACCCCUAAACGAGGUUAUUGUAUUUAUGUGGCAACGUUCUAGAGAAAUUUUUGGAAGUGUAGUUUUCAGAAGUUAAACGGGAUGUUUUUUUUCUCUCAGUGAAAACGGUCAGCUGGCCGGACUGCGCCGUCUACUGGCUGUAGGAGAUUUUCUCUCUGUUCUACCGUGUGAAAUUGUGUCGUUUUGGGGGUGCCCUCUGUUUGAGCAGGUCUUUAAAACCAACUGCUACUGUGUUUAUAUAAAGACAGCGGGGAAUUCACUGGAAAUUCACUUAAUCAGAUUAGAAGUAAGGGUUACAUUUGCACUGCACACGUUUUCGUUAAGAUGAAAUAAAACGACGGAAAAGAAAAGAGGUUUUGCUUAGUUUUUUUUGAAAAUGUGGGAGUACGAUGGUUUCGAUGCGGGGUCUCUCUCUGACCUUAACCUUUUAAAGUCCUACGUAGGACCAGAAAUCGCAUUUCAGAUCUCUCGCUUACCCUACAACAGUUCUAAACCCCAGCUGAAAUUUAUUAUAAACAAGUUACAAUCCAGAAGCGCAGUCUUGAAGCUUGUUAACUCGCCAACAUAUGUACAGUAACUCAGGAAAGAGAGCAAGAACUUAAGCUUAGACAUAACGUUUUUUAGAAAAAAAAAACCCGUGGGUGUAAAGGGGCAUUUUCUUUAUUGUUGAACUCGAGAUAUGCGUACCGAAAAGCCAAGAAAGUUUUCAUUGAAAAGUCUUCUAAAUAUUCAAGUGAUUUCCAGGAAGGCGGCUUCUGGAUCUGAAGAGAAGCAGAACUGUUCUCUGAAAAUCCGCCCAGGCUGCAGUUAGCAUUCCCGGAAAGGUUGAAUCGCUGUAUUCCCUGCUAUUAAGACUCAAAAGCAAAAAAAAAAUCAUUGCCAUUUAUACGUCUUAGUUGGUUUACAACAUGUUUAGACCAAACUGUAAAAUGAAAGGGAGAGGAGCCUAGGAGAAUGUCUAUCUUCUUGAAAUAAAGAUCCUGACAGAAUGGCAUGUGCAGCCGACAGCUGCAUUCAGUUUACUCGCCAUGCAAGCGACGUGCUUCUCAAUUUGAAUCGUCUUCGGAGCAGGGAUAUCCUAACGGAUGUCACAAUCCUGGUGAACAGGCAGCCCUUUCGUGCUCACAAGACAGUACUCAUGGCCUGCAGUGGGCUGUUCUAUACCAUCUUCACUGACUCCCUCAAAUGCAACCUGAAUGCCAUUAGCCUGGACCCAAAGGUGGAUUCAGAGGGCUUUGCAGUUCUGCUGGAGUUCAUGUACACCUCUCGCCUCACAUUGAAGGAAAGCUUGAUCAUGGCUGUUAUGAACACAGCUAUUUACCUGCAAAUGGAUCAUGUGGUGGACACCUGCCACAGGUUUAUCAAAUCCAGUGACCCUUCAGCCAAGUUGCCCAGGGAAGAGUUUUUAGCCAGUCCCUUGCUGUUGCCUCAGGACGUCCAUGGCUACAGGGCCCAUGAAAUCGUGGAAAACCUGCCGGGCCGGGCUGCUCCUUUCCGGGAUGGGAGGCCUUACGGUCCAGGCAUGUUCAACAUAGUGAACCCUCCGAGCAAUUCCUACCACCUUUAUAACCACCUCCCAGUCCAGGGGUUCCCCUAUGCUCUUGGAAAGCUGCCAGAGGCCAAAAACCCCUUCCCUGACUACAGUAAAGGAGGCACCAGCCACCAGAAGCACUGUUCACCCCCUGAUAACACUAGCAGUAUGCUGGCAGACUACAACAGGGCAGCAACCAACACCUCCUCUGCCCUCUGCCAUACCACUGCCUACCCUGCCAGGGACAUGGUUGUGGAUGAUGAAGCGAGAAAGGAGGCCCACAGGGUUGCCGCCCAGUCCUCUGGACUGGUGUCCAGGAAGUAUGCCUUCUCUUCUCUGGGGCAUGAGCAGCCUGAAGACGGCAAAGAGAACACCCUGUCGGAAGAGGACGACAUGAGCCACCAGCAUUACUCCAUGGGCAUCUCUUCUGGCAGCCGCAAAGGUCUCAUGAGCAGCCCUCAGAGCCCGCUGAAGUCCGACUGCCAGCCCAACUCGCCCACCGAGUCCAGCAGUAGCAAAAACGCAGCGCUCUCUCAGACCGCUGGCUCGCCUUCCUCCCAGGGAACUCAGGACCCCAAGGCGCGCAACUGGAAGAAGUACAAGUUCAUCGUGCUCAACUCGGCCAACCAGGCCUCCAAAGGGGAAGAGGGUGGCCCCCAGGACCCCGAGACUCGCUCCCCCCGUCAUCUGGGCUCUCCGGCCUACCUGCAGUCCGGAGAGGCCGAGCACAUGGACCUGCAGACUCCCGCCAAGAUGAGCGAGCACGGCGACGACCUGCCCACCCCUCAGGCCAGCCGUCUCAACAACAUCAUUAACAGAACACUGGAAGGAUCCCCAAGGAACGACAGCCACUCUUCGAUCUACAUGAACCACUUAAAAUGCUCCUCCUGCGGCUCCCAGUCCCCACAGCACUCUGAAGUUUGUCCCAACACUCCUGGUUCGCACUUCGGAGAAGAGAUGUCAGAACUUCAUUCGGAGUACUCGGACUCCAGCUGCGAAAACGGAACUUUCUUUUGCAAUGAAUGCGACUCCAAGUUCGUGGAGGAGGAUGCUCUGAAACGACACACACUUCAGGUCCACAGCGACAAGCCAUAUAAAUGUGACCGCUGCCAGGCUGCAUUCCGCUACAAAGGAAACCUUGCCAGUCACAAAACUGUUCACACAGGAGAGAAACCUUAUCGUUGCAACAUUUGUGGUGCUCAGUUCAACAGACCAGCUAACCUCAAGACUCACACUCGCAUUCACUCAGGAGAAAAGCCAUACAAAUGCGAGACGUGCGGUGCUCGGUUUGUACAGGUUGCCCACCUCCGUGCUCAUGUGCUAAUUCAUACAGGAGAGAAACCAUACCCAUGUGAGAUCUGUGGGACGAGAUUCAGACACCUGCAGACAUUGAAGAGCCACCUCCGCAUUCACACAGGAGAGAAACCGUAUCAUUGUGAGAAAUGCAAUUUGCACUUUCGCCACAAGAGUCAGCUGAGACUUCACCUUCGGCAAAAGCAUGGCGCCAUCACCAACACGAAGAUUCAGUACCGCAUGUCUGCCGGAGACCUGCCUGCAGACUUGACCAAGGCCUGCUGAGCAGCAGUUGGACAUCUUGGCUUUGAAGAACUAGUGCCACACUGCGUUGAGGAGAAACGCUUGGGCAGGCUGUGGCAUCCUAGACGGGUUUAAUCUACAUGUGAAACCAUCACAAGAUAUGGUCUCUUAUCACAGUCACUUUAUUGUCUAUACAUAAAGAUGGGAGUGUUUAUAAGCUUUCUGAAGUAUAUAAAGCUUUAUUUUGGUGAAAAAAGGAUGGAAUGUACACAAAUCCAGUUUUUGAGGAUAUUUUAUAUAAAAGAACAUACUUUUUUGAAAGUAUUAAGAAAACUUUUGAAGGAUGGUAUUUUUUUUAGGGAAAAGGUAUUUCUGGCGGAUAUGGACAAUGAAUUUGCUCUAUAAAUUUAUAUAUAGAUGUACAGGAUACACCAUGUAUAAUUGCCUCUUUCAUGGAUGUGAAUUAUUGCAUUGGUUGCAUAGGUCAGAUACCAUGCUGUGUUCAAAACUGAAGGAAGCAAACUGAUGAUCUAAAUAGGGGACUUGUUGCUAAUUUAGAACGAACGUUCACUGAAUGGGCAAUUUCGUAACUAUUCUGUGACAUAAUAUUGUACAAUUGCAUCAAGACCAGAUUGCUUUCUGCGGGCAGAAUCCAAUCUGGCGUUAAUGUUGAAAUGACUUCAACUGAAAUUUAAGGUAUUAUUCUGUAUAAGCAAGAAAAAUAUUUUGUUUAAAGUGCUUCAGAUUAUUUGUCUAGAAAUGUGUUUUGUUUUUUUGCAAGUGAAGGUUUACAGUUUUCUGUCUGUUGUAGAAGCUACAGUAGAAGGGUGUGAUAUUGUCCAGAUUUUGUUUGUAUGUACACUGUGUACUCAAGGUGCCUUUACUGUGGCAAAUGAAAGAUUCAUUCAGCCCAGUUCUAUUAAGGUACGACUCAAGGACAGCACUUGUCCUGUUUUUUUGUUUGUUUUUGUUUUUUUUUAAUGCUUUUCAUCUACCUUCAAAACCUGCAAAUUCAACAUUGCUUGAGCUGUAAAUCUUCAGGUAACUUUUGGGGUUGGGCUUCUUUGAACUGCAUUAAGCUUAUAUUGUAAAAUAUAGAUGUAUGAAUGUAAAAUAAAAGUCCUGAAUUUCUAUGUC